UUGACAAAACUUGCUCAAACUGUGUAGGAAACAGUAUUUACUAUUUAUUGUAGUUAAGGAAAAUAAAUGUAUAUCCCUCUAUACAAUGAGACUAAAAGACGAUAUUUCUGCCGACUUUCAGUCACGAAGCUGUGCUUCGUCACCGUGUCGCUGCCGCUGUUCGCGUUCAUAACUUGCGUUUUGAUGACUAUGUACAAAGAUUUUCAAAAUGCGAAUAAAACACACUGUGAUGUGCCGAAUGUGUUUCCGUCUAUAUCAGCGUCCAUAGGGAACUAUGAGCCUCAAAGCUCUUUAUGGAGAUCGGCCAUUUACGCUCACGCGCCUAUGCGCUUCUUCAUAGUUUACCUGAGGUGGGAGUAUUACAGGAACGUUAUAAGCGAUAAUCUAGAGAUAGUGAUCAAGUUAGCAGUAUUGUUAAACGUUAUAGAAAAUUUAUCUUUAUUAGGACUAACACAUUGGACUUCAUCCCUGCAUUAUCCAUAUCAUGAAUUCUGCUUCAAAAUGUUCAUCGGGACAUCAGUGUUCUACAUGUUGUUCACCUGCAUGAUGCUCACCAAGUACCGGCGGAAAGCCUCCGUGUCCAGUUCUGAGAUGCAGUCCGUCAAGCUCAAGUGGAGAGCUUUUGUGGUCAACAUCGGCUCUUUCGCCUUUGCUGCUUACUUCUUCUUGAGACACAACAGAUUGUGUGAACCUUACAUGUAUUCACUGUUUGGGUUCUCGGAGUACAUUGUGGUAAUCAGCAACAUAAUGUUCCACCUGACGACGGUGUACGACCUCCGAAGGCAGUUUCUGUGCGUAUCCCUUAGAGGGAUCCAUUUGGAAUAAGAUUAUUAGAAAAAAUAGUUCUCAUGAUGUUUAUAAAUAAAGGAAAAGUGGACGAACUUAUCAGCUCGAGCACUAUCAAUCGGUGAGUCAUGGUAGCUCAGUUGGUCGAGCGAAGGGCUGGUAACUCAGAGUCGCGAGUUCGAGUCCCGACAGUGAAAUUUUCCACUUUUCCUUUAUUUCGAAGCAAUGUGGUUACAAAAUUAAUUUAUUAGUUUUCAUGACAUUUUAAAAUUAAGGGUCGGUAUUGGCAGAGGUAUUAGGUGAAGACGUGAAGACUGUAAAAUUAUAAAAUGUGUUAAUACUUGAUGUUGAUUGAAUAUUUAACCAUUUGAACGGCACCGUGGCCUACACGUGCGCGGCGGCGGCGGCGGCGGCGGCGGCGGCGGCGCGUCAUCUCACCGUGCACCUGUCGUGUCGGAACCGCACGAAGGUUGAUAUGAUACUGAGCUGUAGCCGCGCGUCACUUGACGUCUGCGGCGGUCACAGGUUGUGACUGAAUAAUGUAUGGAAAUGAGAAAUGACCACAUAACUUCGCAUGCAUCUGUCAUUCAUUUUCUAUUCUUCUAACUACUAACUAUUGUCUCCUUGUUUAAGAUAGCCCCCUGAGUAACUUUCAGGCGUAGUUGCAGGCAUCGUCAUGUAUUUAUGACAAAAGGUGCAAGCGUUGCAAAAUAGUCGAGUGUUAUACAUUCAAUAGAUAAAUAUAGAUACAAGAUAAUUACUAAUUAGAAAUGUGGCUUUUAAUGCGAAAAAUAAUCAAUAUUUAUUGUCUUAAGACUAGAGGGUGAAAUAAAUAUAACAAAGUUUAAAAACUGCGCAGUUCCGCACCGACUGAAUAUAUUACGCCGUAGUCCGCAGUAGUUAGACCGUAAGUAGCGAAUAUUCCUCAUAGGCGUAGGCGGGUCCUGCAUAUUAGAAGGUUUAACAAUUAUGUGUAGUUAUCUAAUUAAAAUCGUUGUAAAUGUCCAUCCUCCAUAGACGUUACCAUGCUUAACCCUUUACCGGGCGUAUAGGUGUCAGAGAUGACGCAAUAUAUCACGGUGGAAAUAUAUUCAUGUCUGACCCUUAGGUUAAGUAGCAUUAUCAAUUUUUCCCGUUUAACUGAUUUUACAACAUUCCUUACUAACAAAUAAAAUAUAUAUUUUGUGUUAGGUUUUAUACCAAAAUAUAUAAGCAAUAAUAUAAUAGCAUGAACAGGAAUUCUAGCUUUAAGUAGGAUUUUUUAAUGACGCGUUUUUCUACAAAAUUAUUUUUAGGCUUUGUAUAAAAAACAGUAUUUUAUGAAUAAAUAUUUAGCUAUAUGUAUUAUGUUUCACGAUUGUGCUCCGAACGGAAGAAUCGAUAGUUUUGCAGCCCAGGUAUUUUUAAGGUAACUGGAAAUAUCGAAAUUUGUAUUGAUUU